UAAGCCGUGAUUUAAAAUAUUUGAAGUGAUGCCACUGUUUGGCAAAAAAGAUUCUGGCAAAAGGCCCAAGUCGAAGGACGCGAAGGAGCUAAACAAACAGGUCUCAAUUGAAGAAAAAUAUAAUCUUCAUGGUCUACUCGGAACCGGCGCAUUUUCCGAAGUACGCUUAGCAGAAAGCAAAGAUACGCCGGGCGAUCACUUUGCAGUUAAAAUCAUUGAUAAAAAGGCAUUGAAAGGAAAAGAAGAAUCUUUGGAAAAUGAAAUACGUGUUCUGCGAAGGUUUAGUGCAAACCAUUUUGAUGGCAACAUUCCGAAUGGAACGCGACUGACCCACCCGAACAUAGUGCAACUACUUGAGACAUAUGAAGACAAGGCUAAGGUGUAUCUGGUCAUGGAAUUGGUAACAGGUGGAGAAUUGUUCGAUCGUAUCGUAGAGAAGGGCUCAUAUACGGAGAAGGAUGCAUCUCACUUAAUUAGACAAAUCUUAGAGGCUGUAGACUAUAUGCAUGAACAGGGCGUAGUACACAGAGAUCUUAAGCCCGAAAACUUACUUUACUACAGUCCAGAAGAUGAUAGUAAAAUAAUGAUAAGUGAUUUUGGUUUAUCGAAAAUGGAGGAUUCGGGAAUUAUGGCAACUGCUUGCGGAACUCCUGGCUAUGUGGCACCAGAGGUGCUCGCCCAAAAACCUUAUGGCAAAGCCGUUGAUGUAUGGAGCAUAGGAGUUAUAUCUUAUAUACUACUUUGCGGAUAUCCUCCCUUUUAUGAUGAAAACGAUGCCAAUUUAUUUGCACAAAUUCUUAAAGGCGAAUUUGAAUUCGAUUCGCCAUAUUGGGACGAAAUAAGCGAGUCAGCCAAGCACUUUAUUAAAAACUUAAUGUGUGUCAGUGUAGAAAAGCGAUAUACUUGCAAGCAAGCUUUGGGACAUCCAUGGAUAUCUGGUAAUGAGGCUAGCAGCAAGAAUAUUCAUGGCACUGUAUCGGAGCAGCUGAAGAAAAACUUUGCCAAGAGCCGAUGGAAACAAGCAUAUUAUGCUGCAACGGUCAUACGACAAAUGCAGCGAAUGGCGCUUAGUAGCAAUAGCAGCGGAUUAGCGGAUGGACAUUCCUCUCUUAAUAGAUCAACAUCAACAACUGCAACUACGCCUCCAACUGCAACUGACAAUGGAAAUGGGCGAAACUGUGUUAAAGAAUCUGAAGGCGAAGCAAAUGUUGGAGCUAUCAAACAAUCAUCCUCAACAACGAGCGCGUCGUCUUUAAAUGAAUCCCCGCACACAGAUAUUAAGAAUCACCAAAGAAUCUCGCCAAAUUGCAGUUUCAGCGGCAAAGCAAACUAACAUGUUUAAGCACGCGUAUUUACUCUAUAAGCACAAAAUGAAUGCUAUAUUGAAUAUGUGUGAUGAGCCUGGCGUAUCUAUAG